AUGAGCGUGUUCCAACACACGCCACUCAAUCAGAACGAGUCGAUCAGACUUUUGCUCCUUCAUCCCUCAGGGACCCAUCACGCCGUCCUCCGGGGCUCUUUAUGUCAUUACAACUUGAAUGAUCACUAUGGCGAUAUCCGAGGAGGAUAUACGGCCUUGUCAUACGUCUGGGGCGAUGCCGAGAAGACUGAGAUCAUGCUGCUCGAUGACAAGGAGUUUCAAAUCACCGCAAACUUGGCCGAGGCCCUACGGAACAUUCGUGACGAUGUAGGGACUUACCAUAUCUGGGCGGACGCACUCUGUAUCGAUCAAAGGAACAUCUCAGAGCGCAAUACGCAGGUUGCCAUGAUGGGUGAUAUCUACUCCAGCGCGAUGCAUACGAUCAUAUACCUAGGUCCUCUCACAGCUGAAGUAGAUGCCGUGUUCCGCGCCGUCAUGUCGAGAACGGUACUCCAACGGUCCAAAGACUCGGAAGAUCCACCGGCCGGAACCAACGCUGGGACAAUACCCUUGGACAGCAGCCACGAGCAUUAUAUCGAAAACGUUUCCCGACCUUCCUCGACCCCGGAAUUUGCGUCAGCCGUGGCAGCAACCUCUAGUAGUACUUCCAGAACUAGGGCAUUCCCCAGCAAAUCCGAGGGGUUGCUUAUCCAAGCCGGCACCGAGGACCUGCUGACCAGGCCCUGGUUCAGACGCGUCUGGACGCUGCAGGAGCUCGCAUUGUCCAAUUCACCGUGGAUCCAGUGCAGUCGGAAACGGAUUCGGUGGGCUGAUCUGUGCCGCCUCUUCAGGCUCGGCUUCGAUAGAACUGGCAACGACAAGUACUUCAGGCCGCCCAAGGGAAAGCCGCACACGAACUUCAGAUCCAUGGAGUCCAUCCGGGCGAGUUUUCAUGAGCCUCUCUCAGAUUCCCGCCAUUUUCGGCCACGACAGCUGGUCCGGAUUCUGAAGGAUCGACAGGGCAGCCAAGCCACAGAUCCUAGGGAUAUGCUGUUCGCGCACAUGGGCUUGAUUGCAGACCAGAAGGACGUAAAUAGAUACCUCAAGAUCGACUACACCGCGAGUAUAUCAGACGUCUUCGUCGCAGCCGGUCGCUAUGCAUUGGACAAGUUUUGCCACGUUUCCUCUAUAACAGACCGAAUAUCGAGCUCACCGCUAAGGAGCCAUCUCCCGUCGUGGGUGCCUGACUGGGGUAUAGACUCCCCAUGGCACCAGCUACCUCCACUUGCAUCUUCUCCGCCAUCAGGCCGGUCUGGUCGGGAGCUACUGAGAGACGUCUUGGUGUUGGGGCGGUCUGACAGUCACACCAUAGCCUACGUGACUGACUGCCUGCCGCCAGCGUUCGAGUACCCGAAGCAAUACAGCAACAAAGUCAGGGAAACCACUUCGAAUGCAAAGUACCUCAACUCUGAGCAUAUCAUAGAUCUGUGGGCAGCAUUCAUAGAGCCUCUAGCCUCCAAAGACCAGGCCGAGAUGGAGCACGAUGUGGGCAGUGGAGGCUCAUUUCGUAUCAACAAGACUUACAGCGGAGUGAAUGAUUUUGCAGAGGCGCCGUAUUCCGACUUUGCCGCGGCAAACCCACACUCGCCCUUCUCUCUGAAGUCGCGGCAUCACCUAAUGUGUGAGUUCUUCAGCGGAGUUGACUCAAAAAGCCGUCAGCCGCUGAAUCACAACGGGUGCCGACUGGCACGGCUGGAGAACGGGGUCAUCAUGAUGGUGCCUGCGCAGACCAGGGCUGGGGACGCCGUCGUCCAUUUGAGCAACCUGUACAGAAAGGUCGACGUUGAAUCAUCGCACGACUUCUACUCCAGUGUACGAGAGUCUCAUCUUUUUGUCAUUCGGCCGCUCAACCUGGACGGGCAAGCCAGUUUAGACGCGGCAGUGGACAAGCAUUUCCGUUCGUUGAGGGCAGCCCAAAGAAGAGGGGACAUCAAGAUUGAACGGCCCGAGUUCGCUGAACCUUCAAUUACUUGGGAGCUGGCAACGCAGCAUUGCUCUCUGAUAGGAAGAAGUAUUGGGGAUAUGGCCCUCGAAGAGACUGAUUGGUGUAGACGAGAAGGAAGUUGCCAUCAGCAGGAUGACACAGCGGACAAAAAGCAGGAGGUCUAUAGGGCACUCCUAGCAGCGAUCCAUUAG